CCACCGCACCACCUCACCCAAGCUUUGGCUCCGUCCUGCCACCCCCAACCACCGCGCGCCAGUGCCUGCUCCUCCGUGUUGCUCGUGCUUUUACUCCUCCUGCUAAGCUUAAUCACCGCGAGGGAGGUCCAGGUCCCAUUCGGAGUGAGAAGUAACAAUGGUGGAUGGGUCGAUGCGUUUCAGCUCCAUGGUGAGGUAGCGGUAGCUGGAAGCGUUGGCUGUGCCUGUGCUUGCUUGCCCACCGGACACCGGACACCGUCCACGGGCAAUUAAUCUCGCCCAGUGCAGGCCCGCGCCCGCUGCCUCAUCCUGCUUGCUUUGCUUGCUGGGGGAAGGGACUAGCGGGUGAUAGAUCCCAUGUGCGCUGGGACAUUCUUCUUCUUCUUCCCCCCACACUUGAAGCAGCGACGGCCGUCUCACCUGCGCCGCCUCUCCCUCCCUUAACUCUCGCCUCUACCUCCUGAACUUCGUGGUGAGCACCUGGUGGUGUUUCUUGGGGAACCCUUAGCAGUCACCAGUCAGGACAAUGUAUUGAGAGCGAAAAGCAAAGUUUUUGGGCGAAUAUUUUUUCUGCUGCAACUCUCCAUCCUGCCCUCCAUCUUCACUCGUUUCAAAAUCCUGGCUCAAAUUCUGAAACUUUUUGUUGGGAAAUUAGAAAGUGUAGAACUAGGAGGCAGCGAAUUGAGAAGGGAUACAGUCGGUAGCACAAAUCUGAGCUCCAAUGGCUUGGCAGCUAAAUUUUCUUGUCAUGGCUACAACUUGUUUGAUGUUAUUCCGAGCAAGUGAGCAGUCUUCACAGAGUGAGCUGCUGCAGCAACUCAGGAAGCAGCUGGAGUACCCCAGGCAGCUGGAUGUCUGGAACAAUCCAAGUGGUGACCCCUGCAACACUCAGCCCACUUCAGUGGUUACCGUGAUGUGCGAGGGGAAUGACAUUACCCAGCUCAAGAUAGUCGGUGAUAGGAUCACCAAGCCACCAAAGUUCAGUGGCUAUCCUUUUCCCAAUGUCAGCCUCUCUGAAGCCUUUGUUAUCGACUCGUUUGUUACUACGCUGACAAGGUUAACUACCUUGAGGGUUGUUAUCUUGGUGUCCUUGGGCCUAUGGGGCCCUCUCCCUGAGAAGAUUCACCGUCUGUCUUCGCUGCAGGUGCUUGACCUGAGCUCCAAUUUUCUGUAUGGAUCGAUCCCUCCAAAGCUGUCGGCCAUGUCGAAGCUUCAGACCCUGACACUGGAUGGUAACUACUUCAAUGGGACCGUGCCAGACUGGUUUGGUUCGCUCUCGAACCUCACCGUCCUUCGCUUGCAGGGCAACCGUUUAAAGGGGUCAAUACCAGCAUCAGUUGGUAAAGCUACAAUGCUUACAGAGCUAGCUCUUGCCGGCAAUAACAUCUCAGGCGAGAUUCCACUUUUGGUUAGUUUGAAUAGACUUGAAAUGUUGGAUUUGAGGGACAACGAGUUAGAUGGAGAGCUUCCAGACAUGCCUACAUCAUUGGUAACAGUCCUGCUUAGCAAGAACUCUUUCAAGGGUGAAAUCCCUGAAAAGUUUGGUCAACUGAACAGGCUUCAACACCUUGAUCUCUCGUUCAACUUUCUUGAGGGCAAUCCUCCUGAAAAACUCUUUGGUCUCCCAAACAUCAGCUAUUUGAACCUGGCAGCAAACAUGCUCAGUGGAUCACUUCUGAGUAGCUUAACAUGCAGCAGCACCCUGGGAUUUGUGGAUUUUUCUACUAACCGACUCACAGGUGACCUGCCUGCUUGCCUAAAUGCUAAUUUGAAUAACAGGGUUGUUAAGUUCGACGGGAAUUGCUUUAGUGCUGACCCUGAACACCAGCAUGAAACUAAAUAUUGUGAACAGUCUCAUAAGGGAAGAAGAUCAAGCAAGGAUAUUGGACUUGUGGUCACUAUUGUCGGGAUAGUGCUGGUUGUUCUUGUUCUUUCUCUUCUAUUAGUGGCAUCAAACAGAAGAAACUGUCAGAGAGUUACAGCAGAACAACAGUUACUGCAAAAGCAUAUGCAAGAUAAUUCGACUCCAGGAACGUCCUCUGAACUGCUAGUAAAUGCAAGGUACAUAUCUCAAGCUGUGAAGUUUGGAACGCAAAUAAUGCCCACACAUCGUGUAUUUUCUUUAGAAGAGCUCAAAGAAGCAACAAAGUGCUUUGAAAGAUCAGCGUUUUUAGGCGAGGGAUCCAUUGGAAAGCUAUACAAGGGAAAACUUGAAAAUGGAACCGUGAUUGCAAUAAGAUGUUUGGCAUUGCACCAGCGAUACUCAAUAAGAAACCUAAAGCUUCGUUUGGAUCUACUUGCGAAGCUUCGCCACCCAAAUUUGGUUUGCCUCUUGGGGCACUGCAUUGACAGCGCAGUUGAUGAAUCAAGUGUAAAAAGGGUUUUUCUUGUUUAUGAAUAUGUACCUAGUGGAACUCUGUCUUCUUAUCUUUCCGGGUCCAGUCCUGAGAAAACACUGAAAUGGUGCGAUAGACUGCAUGUGCUAAUCGGCAUUGCAAGGGCUGUUCAUUUCUUACAUACAGGAAUAAUUCCUGGUUCUUUGUAUAAUCGGUUGAAAACUUCUAGUAUUUUGCUUGAUGAACACCAUAUGGCAAAACUGAGUGACUACGGUUUCUCCAUAAUAACAGAGGAGAUAUACAAACAUGAGACAAUAGGAGAAGGGAAGAGAUACGUGCAAAAUAAUGCUGAAGAACUGGAAAGUUUGCAGGAUGAUGUAUGUUCUUUUGGUUGUAUAUUACUUGAAGUACUUAUGGGCCCAAAACUACAUAGAAAAGGAGAUCCUUUUAUUUUAAGUGAACUGGUUUUGUCUAUAUCAAGCCAGGAAGAGCGCGAGCGUGUUCUGGAUCCUGUUGUGCUUGGCACCUCCUCACAGGAUUCGUUGUUGAUGGUGGUCUCCAUUACGAUCAAAUGCUUAUCCGUCGAAUCUUCGACCAGACCUUCCAUCGAAGAGGUUCUCUGGAACCUGCAAUACGCCGCACAAGUUCAGGCGACAGCGGACGGUGAUCAGCGAUCAGAAGUUUCCUCACAGGCUUGUUAGCACAAACUGAGCAUGGCAGCAUGGAGACCGCGAUUUAAGGAACGGAGCAAAGAUAGCGAUUAGUGAGGGACACAUGCUCGAGUUAGGAUGGCUGUGACCAGGAAAUGGCCAAACAAACUGUUUGGAGCAAUCCUGCAUUCACUCUGCAGAAUUUGUAUAUAAAUACAGAUUAAGAUGGCAUGUCAAGUGUCCACAUAAGGUGUGGUCACUUGGUUUUGUACUGUAAAACUUUUCUGGCUUGUUUUGUGCAUCAAGUGUUGGUGCUUGUAUACCGUGUUAGUUUCAUCUUGAGAAGGAGCAAUUCUUGUACGACUUGGUAGUUUGGAGUGCAACUUGGCUUUCGUCCCGUAAAACUUUUCUCGCUCAUGUAGUGUCGGUGCUUGUAUACUGUGUUAUUUUCAUCUUGAGAAGCAAUUCAUGUACGUCUUGUA